AUUGUCCAAAUCAGGCCAGGCAAAAUCAAGCAGUAGAGGCGAAUCGGAACGAGCAACCAAAUGUUCCAGAUGUAGCUAGUGCCACUGUAAGGCUUUUUAAAGUAACAGAAAAAGAAACUUCAAAAGAGGAUGAGUACCUCAUAAUAUAUGUGGAUGAGGACGAUACGUUGUUUGACAUAAGGAACCUAAGGAAGAGGCGGCUGCAAAAUAUGGAGGAAGGGGUACAUGCAGCAAAAAAGAGAAAGGGCAAAGGAGCAGUAGUCUCG